AUGGAUUUACUUUCACCCUUGGACAAAUUAUGGGGUAUAAGAGAAUGGACAAAUUCUCAUUCUGGAAUGAAUGGAUUUCUAUUAGCACUUGUAGAGGAUAAAUACAAUUUAGGAAAUAUCUCCGAACAUGAUAUAGAGCAUUCUACAAAACAUAUGAUUACCAAUAAUAUGUUAACAGCCAGAUGGUAUAAAAUAGAAUCGAAGCAAUUAAUUAAUAAUUUUAUUGCAUUAGAUGCGCCUGAAUAUUUAAACUUGAUAAACAGUUUCUUUCCAUCUAUCAAACAUAAUGCUGAUUUAGAUACAACCGUUCCUAACCUUGAGUUUUUGUCUUGGGAUAUUGAAACAUUUAAAAAACCUUUGUUGUUUCCAGAUGCGAGUAAGGAUCCUAUCAUGUCAAUUGCGUAUAAAUGUUACAAAGGAUUAUUUCUUCUAGUCAACAGAGAAUUUUAUUCUGAAAACAUUGACAAUUUUUAUUUUGAAAAGAAUGAAUACUGUAGGGUGUAUAACUUUAAUGACGAAAAGAGCAUGCUUGCAUUUUUUCUUGAACAUGUUAGAAUUUACUGUAAGCCUCAUAUCAUAAUAUCCUACAAUGGUGAUGUAUUCGAUUUCCCGUAUUUGGAUCAACGGUGUUCCGUUAAUGGCUUAAGUCUUUGCGCCCAAUGGGGAUUUACUGAGCAUAAACCGUAUUCUGAGAAGCCACUUGUUGAAAAAAGUUUAAUUCAUUAUUUGAGUCCUUUUGUCAUUCAUAUAGACUGUUUAAAAUGGGUUAAAAGAGACAGUUAUCUACCUCAAGGUAGCAGAGGUUUAAAAGCUGUAUCAAGAAUAAAAUUGAAUUAUGAAUGUUGCGAAGUCGCUCCAGAACUUAUGGUUGAAUAUUGCAGAACUAAACCUCAGACAAUGGCUGAAUAUAACGCGUCAGAUGCUGUCGUAACGUUUGCUUUGUACGAGAAAUAUAUACAUAAUUUUAUAUUAGCACUUGCCAGUAUCAUUCCAUUGAAUAUUGAUAAUAUUCUUCGAAAAGGAGCUGGAAGUUUAUGUGAAACGUUACUAAUGAAAAUGGCGGUCAAUAGUAAUGUUGUUAUUCCAUGCAAAACUAACGACGCAGAUGAUAGUUGGUAUGAUGACGAAUAUUACUUAAUUAAUGAAACUUAUGUAGGAGGUUCUGUAGAGCAGAUGCGGACUGGUGUUUUCAAACAUGAUAUUAAAGAAACUUUUACGAUUGAUCCUAAAGUGAUUGAUAAACUCAUUGAUGAAUUGGAUUUGACUUUUAUGACGUUUCUGCAAGAAGAAAUUAACCCUUCAAACAAUAUUGUUUCAACAAACUGGGAUAGUAUCAAAGUAGAAAUAACGGAAAAACUAAAUUUGUUAAAGUCGCUACGACAAUUCGACAUGGAACCUUUGAUUUAUCACUUUGACGUAGGAGCUAUGUAUCCAAACAUAAUUCUCACCAAUAGACUUCAACCUUAUGCUAUAAUAGAUGAUCAAAAAUGCUCUAAAUGCGUCUACAGUGACGAACAGCAGUACUGUAAAAAAAAAAUGAACUGGAUUCGAAAAAGUAGUAUGAUUAAUUUAGAACGACAUAUUGUUGAACAGGUGGAGCAAUCUUUAAAGUCUCAGUUAUUUGAAGAUGAAACUAAACUUACAAAGAAUGACACUAAUACAGUCCCAUAUUACAGUUUACCCGUACGAAAACGAAAAGAAAUCAAGGUUCAAAAGUUAAAAUUUUUAAGCGCUCAGUUAAACAAAAACAAAAGUCAGAAAAAAUAUGAAGAAUUACUAGAAGCCAAUGUAUGUCAGCGAUCUAACGAUUUUUAUAUAGAAACGGUUCGAGCAUUUAGAGACCGUAGGAUGAUAUACAAAAAACUUAAAAAAGAGAGUGAAAAAAAAUUAAAGACAUGUGAUCUUGAAGAGCAGAAAAAAUACGAAAAUUUAGUAAUACUUUAUGAAAGCCUACAGCUUGCUCAUAAAUGUGUGUUAAAUUCUUUCUACGGUUAUGUUAUGAAACGAUCAGCUCGCUGGCAUAGCAUUGAAAUGGCAGCUUUAGUUACUUAUGUUGGAGGAAAUAUCAUUAAAACGGCCAAGAAUAUUUGUAUGGGUGUAGGUUUACCUUUAGAGCUCGACACAGAUGGAAUCUGGACAUUACUGCCUAAAAUAUUUCCAACCGAUUACAAUGUGGAACUGAAAGAAGAAAAAUUAAAAUUCAGUUAUGUUUGUUCGAUGUUUAAUAGUGAAACAGCCAAGUAUUUCACUAACCACAACUACCACUAUUUUGACAAGACUAAGUUUGUUCGAACAAAAGUCAAUUCCAUUUUUUUUGAAAUUGAUGGUCCUUAUCAGGCGAUGUUUUUGCCAGCUAGCGAAAAAGCAGAUAAGCAAUUAAAAAAGCGUUAUGUUGUCUAUGACUUUAAGAAUAAAAUCGUCGAGUUGAAGGGAUUUGAGCUUAAACGCAGAGGAGAACUUGAAAUGUUGAAAAUUUUUCAAAAAUCUAUUUUUCCAAUGUAUAUAUCUGGUUCUUGCAAAGAAGAAAUAUUUUCCAAUUUAGCUAAAGUCGCAGAGAACUGGAUUCGGUUUAUAAUGUCCAAAGGCAGAAACAGUACUUAUAAAAAAAUUGUUUUAGACUUACUAACUGAAAGCGUAACUGUCGAAUUUACUCCUAAAGCUGGUAAAACGUGUAACUCAAAUUGUGCAUUGCGUAUGAUUGGCCGUAAAUAA